AUGACAAGACGCUACUGUCCCGGUCCAUAUGGCCUCGUCCAGAUAAUCGCCCGGGCGGUGGCCUGGAUGACGGGCGUGACGACGCUGGUGAUUCUGGCCUUUAUCAUCAACCAAUGGUCCGACAAGGCUGGCGCCGUCGCCGCUGGUCUCGUGGGGUCUGCCAUCGCCAUCCUCAACGACUCAUGGAUCGUCGUCGCUAAGCUCGACCGCGCGUUUGGCUUCAACCCGCUAUCGCCAGCGCGCGCCCUCCUCCACGAUCUCUUUUCUCUUGCCAUAUCGCUGGGCGGCAUCGUCAUGAUCAUCUUUUCGCGCUACACAUACCAGGCCGACGGCUUUGCCGCUCUCGAGAGCGAUUCAUCGCCGCAAAUCACCAGCGGGGUGGGCGAUCCCGAUGUUAUAAGCAGAGAAGGCUUUUCACAAAACAAAAUGCUGGCCAUUGCGGUGUGGAUGCUUACUGCCGUCGUGUAA